UGAGGAAGAGAAACAGACAGAGCACAGGGCAAAGGGGGAAAAGAUUGAUUGAGGAUGAUGAACGUGAUGACAAAGAGCUGAACAAUGUGAGGAUGUGUGGUUCUGGAAGAAACUGGAAUCUCUAAUUAAUUCACAUCUGACAUUUCUGAAGAGGGAGCACAGUGACAAGAGAGGAUACAAGAUAGCAGACACUCCCCACCAACUCAUUUCUCCGUUCACUCAACUGCCAAGCGCUGUACAAGGAGCAUCAAUGGACCUGCCAAUCAACCUCAUCUUUCUCCUCCUCCUUGCCAUCAGUGGAGUUCUUGGAGCGUGCCCAGAUGGAUGUCAGUGCAAAGACAACAAAAUCCUUUGCCAUGGCAGGUCAAUCACAGUGUUUCCCUCCUCAGUUCCUGGUUCCACUACCACCUUCUACAUCUCCAACACCAACAUCACCGCUCUCAAACCUGAUGAUUUGGCUGGUUUUGCCGAGGCCCUUGGCAUCUUUGUGGUCAAAGACACUGGGAUCAGAGAAGUAUUCCCUGGCACCUUUGACCUCACCCAUAACUUGGGCGCCCUGGGUUUCACAGGCACUGAGCUGAAUGACCUGCCUGAGGCCCUGUUUCUAAAUCUGGUGAAGCUGGAAUCUCUGACUCUGAGCGGCAACAAGUUCCUGGUGCUUCGCCCCACCUGGCUCAACUCCCUCGCUGCUCUGAGGACCCUGGACUUCAGCAAGAACCUCAUCACGUCUGUACCAGAGAAGGCCUUUCGCUCUGUCACUCAGCUGGAGCAUCUCACCCUGGCCAGGAACGGCAUCAACCAACUCUACAGGGACACUUUCAGGGGCCUGAGCAAGCUCAAAUCCCUGCGUCUGAACCGGAACGCUCUUAGGGCGAUCCCUGCUGGAGCGUUUGAUGACCUGGUAAGCCUGGAGGAGCUCUCUCUGCAGGAUAAUGCCAUCACUCAUCUCCCCGCUAACCUGUUCUUCCAGCUGCAGAGGCUAAAGAAGCUUUAUCUCUCCAGCAACCGGCUAACUUCCCUCCCAGAGGGGAUUCUCCUCAACCUCCCUAACCUGGCACAGAUCUCCCUGUAUGAGAAUGAGCUCCAGAGUCUGUCCCCUGGAGUGUUCGGCCCCAUGGCCGUGAGGGAGCUGUGGCUGUAUGACAACCGGCUGACCCACCUGGAGGAACACACCUUCAGCAACCUGACCCAGCUGCGUCUGCUGGUACUGAGCCGGAACCAGAUCAGCUCUGUGUCUCCCGGGGCCUUCAGUGGGCUGGCAGAGCUGGGGGAAGUGUCACUACACACCAACCUCCUCACCAGCCUGCAGGAAAGCACCUUCCAGGGGCUGCAUAAGCUGGUAAACAUCUCCCUGGAGCACAAUUACAUCCACUCCCUUCCUGCCAGGCUUCUCCAGGGCCACUCCCACCUUGGCCAGCUGGACCUCCACAACAACUCCCUCCACAACCUGCCCUCAGAGCUCCUCAGCACCCUCACGGUGGCCAAUGAGGUGCUGCUCUCUGAAAAUCCCUGGAAGUGUGACCAGGACAUCGUGCCACUGCGGGACUGGCUGACACGGAACCCCACCAAGGCUAACCUCAGUACUGUGGUGUGCCUCACGCCCUCUGUCUUAAGCGGUGACAGCAUAGCUGAACUGACUGACGAGGAGUUGAUGUUGUCCACUCCGACCGCCGUCCCUGAUAUCACCCCGACAGAGAAGAGGAGGAAGCCCCACACCCCCGCUCCCAAGAGGAGCACCCCCUCCCCUGCUGCAGAGACCACGCCCACCCAGGAGCAAGGGGAGGACACCAGCAGUGGGCAGGGGAACGGAGAGGGUGUGUCCAGGAACACGCAGAUCAUUAUCAUCGCGGUGGUCUGCACCGCCAUCAUCACCAGCCUCAUUGUCUGCUGCGUCUGCUGGAGGAGGAACAACAGAGGCAGCCGCAACCUUGGCCGCAGGAACAAAAACAACUCGGUCAUCUAGACUGGCCCAGAGGCCUGAGAACCACAUAGGAGGUGUACUGUACAGUUAUGCUGAGCAUGCCAGAGCAAACAUCCUGAUGCAGCUGUUCCCAAACAUCUUAGCACAGGAACCCAUCAUGUCUCUAUCAUGUCUCUUCAAGAACUCAUGACCAAGGACAGACUAGCUGGGGCCUGAUCCUUGGGGAACUCUACUUUGAUCGAAUAAGUUAUUCUGAUUGGGAUCCCAUAAUAUUAUAACUUAACAAUUUUGCAAGUCCCUCUUCAGCAAGCUUUCUGAGGUUUGAACAAUAUCUUGCACAAAUAACCAAAAAGAACAUCUCAUAAACCAACAAUAAUCAUCUGGAAAUUGCAUGGAUGGUAUGCACAAAAUGCCAUUCAUAUUUGUUUUGAUACUGGUAAAAAAGUUGAACGUAUACAAAUGAAGUCGGAAGUCACCAUUCAUGUGGGUUGGAGUCAUUAAAACUCAUUUUUCAACCACUCCACAAAUUUCUGGUUAACAAACUAUAGUUUUGGCAAGUCGGUUAGGACAUCUAUCACAAUUCCAGUGGAUCAGAAGUUUACAUACACGAAGUUGACUGUGCCUUUAAACAGUUUGGAACAUUUCUGAAAAUCAUGUCAUGGCUUUAGAUGCUUCUGAUAAGCUAAUUGAUGGAUGUAUUUCAAGGCCUACCUUCAAACUCAGUGCCUCUUUGCUCGACAUCAUGGGGAAAUCAAAAGAAAUCAGCCAAGACCUCAGAAACAAAUUGUAGACCUCCACAUGUCUGGUUCAUCAUUGGGAGCAAUUUCCAAAUGCCUGAAGGUAUCACGUUCAUGUGUACAAACAAUAGUACGCAAGUAUAAACACCAUAGGACCGUGCAGCCGUGAUACCGCUCAGAAAGGAGACAUUCUGUCUCCUAGCGAUGAACGUACUUUGGUGUGAAAAGUGCAAAUCAAUCGCAGAACAACAGCAAAGGACCCUGUGAAGAUGCUGGAGGAAACAGGUACAAAAGUAUCUAUAUCCACAGUAAAACGAAUCCUAUAUCGACAUAACCUGAAAGGCCGCUCAGCAAGAAACAAGCCACUGCUCCAAAACCACCAUAAAAAAGUCAGAUUAUGGUUUGCAACUGCACAUGGGGACAAAGAUCAUACUUUUUGGAGAAAUGUCCUCUGGUCUGAUGAAACAAAAAUAGAACUGUUUGGCCAUAAUGGAGGAAAAAUUGUGAGGCUUGCAAGCUGGAGACACCAUCUCAACCGUGAAGCACAGGGGUGGCAGCAUCAUGUUGUGGGGGUGCUUUGCUGCAGGAGGGACUGGUGCACUUCACAAAACAGAUGGUAUCAUGAGGGAGGAAAAUUAUGUGGAUAUAUUGAAGCAGCAUCUCAAGACAUCAGUCAGGAGGAUAAAUCUUGGUUGCAAAAUGGGUUUUCCAAAUGGACAAUGACCCCAAGCAUACUUCCAAUGUUGUGGCAAAAUGGCUUAAGGACAACACAAUGCCCUGACCUCGAUCCUAUAAAAAACUUGUGGGCAGAAUUAAAAAAGCGUGUGCGAGCAAGGAUCCUACAAACCUGACUCAGUUACACCAGCUCUGUCAGGAGGAAUUGGCCAAAAUUCACCCAAUUUAUUGUGGGAAGCUUGUAGAGGGCUACUCAAAACAUUUGACACAAGUUAACCAAUUUAAAGGCAAUGCUACCAAAUACUGAUUGAGUGUAUGUAGUCUUCUGACCCACUGGGAAUGUGAUGAAAGAAAUAAAAGCUGAAGUAUAUCUUUCUACUAUUAUUCUGACAUUUCACAUUCUUAAAAUAAACUGGUGAUCCGAACUGUCCUAAAAUGCAGGAAUUGUGAAAAACUGAGUUUAAAUGUAUUUGGCUAAGGUGUAUGUAAACUUCCGACUUCAACUGUAUACUGAACACAUGUAAUGUUCAGCAUAGUCUUAUCACACACCUGCUGUUUUUUUAGAAGCUCUUUUUGUAUGAUUUACUGACUGGAAUUAGGCUACUUACUAUGUCAUUUUUCUAUAGUGUAAUCAGUAGAUAAAGGCUGGUUUCAUCUACUUGCAAAUGAUUAUGCUCCAGACACAAAUCAAGUCAAAUGACGGACUGUUAUAUUAAAUAAAUACACUAUAUAGUAGUGAUAUUCUGAAAUACUCAAGAGACAAGUCUUCAUUGUGUGGCACUGUGUGAUAAAGAGCUAUUAUCUUUCCACAACAACAAUGUGUUGAACUGAUGUGGGGGGGAUUCCCGUCUUCUUCAGCCCAUUGUAUUUGGUCCAGUUGUAUAGCAAAAUCACUUGUUCCUCGGGUAAACAUUGAAGUUUUAAGCCGGCCUAUUUGAAUGAGAAGUUAUCACACUAGCCAAAUUUGGUAUGCACCCUGAGUAGGCUACACAAAAAAAGAUUGAUGAUCAUGUUUAUGCCAAUGGUUUGUGAUGGGGUUGGGAGGGUAUCAGAUGAAAAACUCUGCCAUGACCUUGGCACCCAGAGUUUGUGUGUGGGGGAGAUUCUGACUUUAUCCUUGGUACAUUCUAUGUGUUUAACGCAGAUUGAUGGUAUAGGCCUACACUUAGCAUUGAAAUGUAAGCCACCCAUCUAACUGAACACACUUAACAAGAUAGAGAAUAGAUAGAGUUUUGUUGAUGCUGAGAAUGGAAUGUGUUUUUAAAUAUAUGUUUUUAAAUAACAUUCUCUGA